GACAGCGGCGUGGUUGGACGUGCCUAGCUUUAGCUCCGCGUUUUGAAGUCGUUGUUUGCACUUUCAUGUGCAUUAAGUUCAUAUAUGUAAUUCAAAUAUUUAGUGUUGUCGUAUGUGUCUAUUUGUUCUUUAUUUUUUUGUGGCCAUGGCUUUAACAAGAGAGGUUUUGGAAGAACUACUCGACAAGAAACUGGCGCCAUUACAGGCGUCUCUUGACUUUCUAAAUGAAAAGUACGACAUCAUCUUAAAGAAAGUCUCAGAUCAAGAGGUUAAAGUAAAAGAACUCUCGAAAGAGAAUUCUCGUCUUCUUUCGGAAGUGGGGCUACUCAGAUCUACAUUAUCAAACCAAGGGAAAUGGCUAAACGAUCUAGAGCAAUAUGGCCGCCGGGAAUGCCUCGAGAUCCGUGGGAUCCCUGAGGUUAAAGGAGAAGACACUUCUCAAAUAGCGUGUCAAGUCGCCAACCUAAUUGGGGUCAAGCUCUCGAGACAGGAUAUCUCGACCAGCCACCGCAUCAAGCCUAAAAACUCGACGGCAAAGUUCCCGCCCUCCAUCAUAGUCAAAUUUACAAGCCGUGACAAGCGAGACGAAACAUACAAAGCCAGGGGGAGGUUGCGUGAGCUCUCCACACACAACGUGCCUGGCCUGGAUAGAUUUAAAAGUAACUCGAUCUAUCUCAGUGAGUCUCUCACUCAAAGAAACAAGGCAUUAUUCAAAAGUGCGUUGGAGGAUAGAAAACAAAUGAAGUAUGACUUCAUUUGGACUGCAAAUGGAAACAUCUAUUUGCGCAAGAAUGAACGCAGUCCAUCGAUUCAUGUUACCGAUGAAUCGGUAUUAAUAAAUCUAAGAAGCUCCAGCUUUGUUCACGAAGUCGAAGGGGCGACGGCGAUGACAGAUACCAACAUCUCCUCCAAGAGCGACAGUGCGGCAAGUACAAAUACAGCAAGUUAAGAAUAAGUCACAUAGCUAACAUGUAUUCUUUCCAUCGAAGUUUACAAUUAACUAGAUCACAUAUAAGUUCUUAUGUUGACUUACAAUGACUAGAGUUAUCUGUCACAUUUGUUCUAAAAUUAUAAGAAAGAACUGUCGUGCUGUCGAAUGCGAUUCAUGUUUACAGUGGUGUCACUUUAAAUGCUCAAAAUUGUUGCUUAAACAGUUUAAUCAUUUAUCGCUCACCAACGAUUUAUGGCUCUGUCAGCCCUGCUAUUCUGAAGUCUUUCCCUUUCACAAUUUAAACAACAAUGAUCUAUUGGAUCUAGUCUUUAAUUCCAAUACAUUGUGCCACUGCUCCCCAUUCAUUGAUCGCGUUCGCCUUGAAAAUCUUCCUCAUCUAGACAUAGUUUCUAGUUUGAAUUUUCCGAAUUUAAGUGACUUUGAUUUAGAUAUUAAUAUUCCUAGUCAGAUUAAUUCAAAAUACUACUCCCCCCAUGAAUUUCACUCGUCUUAUGAGCUUUCAAAUUUAUCAGACAAAUCGCUCUCACUUCUUCAUUGUAAUAUAAGAAGUAUUUCAAAAAACUUUGAUAAAUUACAAGAUAUGCUUUCUACUUUAAAUCAUCCUUUUAAGUUAAUUGCUCUAUCUGAAACCUGGCAUUCUGACUGUAGAGAGCAUAUUGCUAAUUGUUCUCUCCCAGGUUUUACUUAUAUAUCGAAACCGACUAAAUUUUCAGUUGGGGGAGUAGGUUUAUUUAUAGCUGAUUCUUUUAAUUUCAUUUUGAGGGAGGACUUAUCCAUUUCAAAUGAUCAACAAGAAUCUUUAUGGGUUGAAAUACAAAAUAAUAAGGGUAGCAAAAACAUAUUAUGUGGAGUUAUUUACCGCCAUCCAAAUAGUUCUCUUGACCCCUUUUUAGAACAUUCCUAUAAAACCAUGGACAAAAUCAGUAAGGAGGGAAAGCUCUGCCUUUUUUCAGGUGACAUAAAUUUGAAUUUAUUAAAUUCAGACUCCCACCAACAAACAGGGGAAUUUCUUAAUACUUUAUUUUCAUAUUCUUUUCAGCCACAUAUCUUGCAACCUACUAGAAUAACUGAUCAUUCGGCCACGCUCAUAGACAAUAUAUUUUUUAACUCGCUCGAACAUAAAACUUGUAGUGGCAAUAUUGUUUAUCCCUUAACAGAUCAUCUUCCCAAUUUUCUGACAAUAGAUUCAAUUAAUAUCAAUGUCUCAAAAAAUGACUUCUACCAAAGGGACUAUUCUAGGUUGGAUCAGGAAGCUUUAAUUAAUGAUUUUAGCCAAAUUGAUUGGUCUUUACAGUUUUAUGGUAUGGAUAAUGUUAACGAUAUUUUUUCCUGUUUUCUUGCUAAGUCUAAUGAAAUAAUUAAUUCCCAUGUUCCAAUGAAAAAACUUUCUAGAAAAGAAAUUAAAUUCAAAGCAAAACCUUGGAUAUCCAAGGGCAUCAGAACUUCGAUUAAUUAUAAGAACAGGCUCUAUAGGAAGUUUAUUAAAUCUAGAAAUCAAUAUCAUUUUGAAAAAUACAAAAUCUAUAGAAAUAAAUUGAACCAUUUAAUAGCAAUAAGUAAGAGAAAAUACUAUGAAAAGUACUUUAAUUUUAACAAAUCUAACA